UUAGUAGUUAAUUUUGGUGUAUAAAUAGUAUUUUUUUUUCUCUCUCCCUUAAUAAAAUUUACCUAACAUUAACAAUAACCAAUCCUUGUUCACCACCGACUACACUGACUUUUCCUCUUGGCUCAUCGCAGCAAUGGCUUCUACUUUCAUAGCCGAGGUUGAUGACAAAGAGGUUACCAUUCAUAUCCCAGACCUUGUGAAGGUUUUCAAGGACGGCUCCAUUGAGCGCCUCCAAAACUCUCCACUUGUUCCACCUUCGACUCUUGGAUCAGUUUCUUCCAAAGACGUUGUCAUCUCCAACAACCCCUUCAUCUCCGCGCGACUAUACCUUCCAACAAAGCUCAUCCACCACCACGAGGCCCACAAAGUCCCCAUCUUGGUGUACUUCCACGGCGGAGGCUUCUUCUUUGAAUCUGCCUUCAACGAGCGCCACCACAACUACUUCAACUUGUUCCUCUCCAAAGCAGAAGCAGACAUCUUAGUUGUCUCUGUUGACUACAGGCUGGCACCGGAGAUCCCUCUCCCUGCAGCAUAUCAUGAUUGCUGGCAAGCACUCAAAUGGGUGGCUUCCAAUGACUCUGAUCCAUGGAUCCUCAACCAUGGCGAUUUCCAGAGAGUGUUCCUCGGUGGCGACAGCGCCGGUGCUAACCUUGUUCACAACGUUGCUUUGCGUGCAGGUGCUGAGGCUCUACCUAACGGGGUCAAAGUGUUGGGUGCUUUUCUCUCUCAGCCAUACUUCUUGAGCACAAAACCCAUCGGAUCUGAAGCAGUGGAAGGGCACGAGGAGAGUCCACCGUAUAUGGUGUGGGGUUUGGUGUAUCCGAAUGCGCCCGGCGGGGUGGAUAACCCACUGAUCAAUCCCUUGGCCCCUGAGGCUCCCAGCUUGGCUACUCUUGGGUGCUCCAAGAUCAUAGUUUGCGUUGCUGAAAAGGAUUCAAUAAGGGACAGAGGAGUUUGGUACUAUCAAGCUGUUAAGAACAGUGGGUGGCAUGGUCACGUGGAACUCUACGAAGCUGAACACGAGGACCAUGCUUUCAACAUUCACACUCCCGAAUCCGAAAAUGCUUUGAAACUCAUGAAACGCUUGGCUCACUUUAUCCUUCACUGAAUCUUACAACGUGUCUUCUUCUUCUUAGUUACAUUACAUAUAUUACAGGCAGGCUACUGAAAAAUAAAACUAUAGAA